AUGGCUUCAGUUAAUUUUGGCGCCGAGGAGAAUGAGCCGACCCCGGGGGUUCGCCAUGUCGACAGCAAUAUCUCGAAGCCGACGCAGCGCCAACGAUGGGCGACCCAACGAGCUACUGGCACCGGAGGUAUGCGGAAACGCGUUUCCAUCAUGGAUCGCUUUCACAAGCGCAUGGAAAUGAGAGAUGAAAAGCGAAGGUCUGCUACGGGUAACUCAACGAUAGGGACCCCUCCGCCAGAAACCGUGGGGGAGCCAGGAAGUAACAGAAGGGUCUACUUCAAUAUCCCGAUCCCUGAAUCGGAAAGGGACGAAGAUGGCCAUCCCAUCGCAGAUUUCCCUCGAAACAAGAUUCGGACGGCCAGGUACACGCCCUUGACCUUUAUUCCCAAGAACCUCUGGUUUCAAUUUCAUAAUAUUGCCAACAUUUACUUCCUUUUCAUUAUCAUUCUUGGCUUCUUCUCCAUCUUUGGUGUCGAUAAUCCGGCGCUGAACACUGUUCCUCUAAUUGUUAUUAUUGUUGUCACCGCUAUUAAGGAUGCUGUUGAAGAUUGGCGCCGGACGGUUCUGGACACCGAGCUAAACAACUCCCCCGUAUAUCGAUUAGUUGACUGGCACAAUGUGAAUUCCACCGAAGAUAAUAUUUCAUUGUGGCGACGGUUCAAAAAAGCUUGUACGCGAGGCACCAUCUUGAUAUAUCGAAAACUGAGGAGUGCGACGCAGAAGGAUGAUGACUCGGAAUCCUCUGAUGUCGAUCGACGUGCGUCAUUUUUAACCACCGCUUCUCCACGAACAUCCAUGGCCUCUGAACCAGGCAAUCGUGGGAUUGACGAUGCUAUUCAAAUGACACCUGUUCCGUCCCCGGUACCCGACGCGCGCUCAGACUGGCCACUCCCAAGCCCAAAUCGCAGCCAGUUCUUGCACCCAGACGAAGCUGCUCGUGACAGCAUGGUGGCCUCCGAAGGCUCUGCUACUCAUCCAAAAAAGAGUGGUAGUGUUGUGGAUAUGUCGAAGCAAAUCGUUGGUAACGCUCGGUUUAAGCGCGACUAUUGGAAGUCUAUUCAAGUUGGUGAUUUCGUUCGACUGUACAACGGCGACCCUAUUCCUGCGGAUGUGGUUGUUCUGUCGACAUCCGAUCCGGAUGGUGCUUGCUACGUGGAGACGAAGAGUCUGGAUGGUGAGACCAACCUGAAGGUUCGACAAGCCCUCCAUUGUGGUCAUCAAGUCAGACAUGCCCGCGACUGCGAGAGGUCUGAGUUCGUGAUCGAGAGUGAGGCUCCACACCCUAACCUAUACGCUUACAACGCUGCUCUGCGCUGGGACCAGCGUGAUCCUGAUUUCCCCGAAGCUCCUCGGAAGGAGAUGGUGGAGCCAAUCACGAUCAACAACUUGCUCCUGCGUGGAUGUUCUCUUCGUAACACUGAAUGGGCUCUUGGUGUUGUUGUCUUCACGGGUGUUGAGACCAAGAUCAUGCUUAAUUCUGGCGUGACACCGAACAAGAGACCUCAACUCGCUAAGGAUUUGAACUGGAACGUCAUUUACAACUUCAUUAUCUUGUUCUUCAUGUGUCUCAUCUCAGGCAUCGUCAAUGGCGUUGCAUGGGGCUCCGGGGACAGGUCGCUCGAUUAUUUCGAUAUCAAGUCCUACGGCGGUACUCCACCAGUCACCGGUAUUAUUACUUUCUGGGUCGCCCUCAUCUUGUUUCAAAACUUGGUGCCUAUCUCACUGUACAUCUCUCUUGAAAUCGUUCGUACAGCCCAGGCCAUUUUUAUUCACAGUGACAUUUUCAUGUACUAUGAGAAACUCAACAUUUAUUGCAUUCCGAAGUCCUGGAAUAUCUCCGACGAUGUUGGACAGAUCGAAUAUAUCUUUUCCGACAAGACUGGUACAUUGACCCAAAACAUGAUGGAUUUCAAGAAAUGUACCGUGAAUGGGGUGUCUUACGGCGAGGCCUUUACGGAAGCUCAGAUCGGCCUCGUUCGACGACAAGGAGGUGAUGCGGAUGCGGAAGCUGCACGAGCUCGUGAAAAGAUCGUUAUGGAUACUACCAGGAUGAUUGAGAUGCUUCGAAAGCUGCAUGACAAUCCGUAUUUGCGCGACGAGAACCUGACUUUUAUCUCAUCGGACUUCGUUGCCGAUUUGGAUGGACAGUCUGGGGAAGCUCAGAGACAGGCUACUGCGCAUUUUAUGCUUGGCCUGGCGGUAUGUCACACAGUGAUUACUGAGCACACACCUGGUGACCCCCCACAAAUCGAGUUCAAGGCACAGUCUCCCGACGAGGCGGCUCUAGUCGGUACAGCGCGCGACUGUGGCUUUACCCUUCUCGGUCGAUCUGGCGACGAUCUAAUCGUGAAUGUCAUGGGAGAAGAACGGACGUACACUGUCCUGAAUACUCUAGAGUUCAAUUCCACAAGAAAGCGCAUGAGCGCAAUCAUUCGUAUGCCCGAUGGCAGUAUCCGACUCUUCUGCAAAGGUGCAGAUAGUAUCAUCUAUUCCCGUCUAGCCCCAGGAAAACAGCAGGAACUCAGACGGGAGACAGCAAAGCACCUUGAGAUAUUUGCGCGUGAAGGUCUCCGCACUCUCUGUGUCGCAGAUCGGAAGCUUACUGAGGAGGAGUAUCGUUCAUGGAGCAAGGAACAUGAUAUUGCCGCCGCCGCACUAACCGACCGUGAAGAGAAGCUCGAAAACGUUUCAAGUGCCAUUGAGCAGAAUCUCAUGCUGAUUGGAGGCACGGCUAUUGAAGACAAACUUCAAGACGGUGUUCCAGAUACCAUCUCUUUGUUGGCCGAUGCGGGUAUCAAACUCUGGGUUCUUACUGGCGACAAAGUCGAGACUGCUAUCAACAUUGGAUUUUCGUGCAAUCUGCUGAACAACGAUAUGGAGCUGAUUGUGUUUAAUAUCUCGGAGGACCAGCGGCAGCAAGCAUCGCACGAGCUUGACACACACCUGCAAAAGUUUGGGCUUACAGGCUCUGAUGAAGAGCUUAUAUCUGCCAGAGAAGACCACUCCCCUCCUGGGGCAACUCAUGCCGUGGUGAUUGAUGGCGAAACCCUCAAGCUCAUGCUCUCCGAUGAAAUGAAGCAAAGAUUCCUCCUCUUGUGCAAGCAAUGCAAGUCUGUAUUAUGCUGUCGCGUCAGCCCUGCCCAGAAAGCGGCUGUCGUACGACUGGUGAAGGAGGGUCUAAAUAUCAUGGCUCUUUCCGUUGGGGAUGGUGCUAAUGAUGUCGCAAUGAUCCAAGCAGCUGACGUUGGUGUUGGUAUUAUCGGUGAAGAAGGUAGGCAGGCUGCCAUGUCAUCAGACUACGCCAUUGGGCAGUUCCGAUUUCUACAACGUCUUAUUCUUGUUCAUGGACGGUGGUCCUACCGACGGAUGGGAGAGACUAUUGCCAACUUCUUUUAUAAGAAUUUGGUAUGGACUAUCGCCCUUUUCUGGUAUUCAAUCUAUAAUGACUUCGAUGGCUCGUACCUCUACGACUACACCUACAUUGUCUUGGUCAACGUCGCAUUCACAUCGCUUCCUGUGAUCUUGAUGGGUAUCUUUGAUCAGGAUGUGGAUGACAAAGUGUCGUUGGCAGUUCCCGAACUCUAUAUGAGAGGUAUUGAGAGAUUGGAAUGGUCGCAGACGAAGUUUUGGCUAUACAUGUUUGACGGACUUUACCAGUCCGUCAUGUGUUUCUUCAUGCCAUAUCUUCUGUAUCAACCAGCGACUUUCAUACACUCCAGCGGAAAGGAUAUCAGCGAUCGCACACGAAUGGGCAUCCUUGUUGCUUCUAGUGCCGUGAUUUCUAGCAACACAUACAUCAUCAUGAAUACCUACAGGUGGGACUGGUUGACAGUCUUGAUCUACGCGAUCAGCUGCUUACUUAUCUUUUUCUGGACUGGGGUCUACUCAUCGGUUUCUACAUCCGCCCAGUUUUACGAAUCUGCGGCACAGGUGUAUGGAGCGCUCUCUUUCUGGAUUGUCCUUCUCUUGACCGUUACGCUCUGUCUCCUUCCUCGAUUUACUGUCAAAGCCUUCCAAAAGGUGUUUUUCCCACGUGAUGUGGAUAUUAUUCGUGAACAAGUCACGCAAGGCAAGUUCAAAUAUCUGGAUCAGUAUGAAGCCUUUGUCCCGCGUAGGGCUGGUGGUGGCUCUAGUGACGAUUCCACAGCCUCAUCGGAUCUCGGGAAACCGAUAAACCCGAACCCGAGGCAGGAUCCCUUUUCGGAUGAUCAGCGAAUUUAUCCAGAGUCCGUUGCCCCAACGGUUCGUACGCACAAUCCACGCAGCCAAAACGGUAGUAACGGAACGAAUUAUGCAUCUAGUCUUGAUACCACUCAAUAUCCCCACCUUCAGCCAGUGGAUUAUGUACGGCCCUCGGCGAAACGAACCCGGCACUCCUUCGAUAGAGUUCGACACAGUUUCGACGCAGCUGAAGACUUCCCGUCAGUUAACACCUUGAGCCGUGUGGAGUCGACCAUAACAACCGGUAACCACGAACCGCAAAGCCCCCAUGGCCCAUUGAAAAGUCUUCACGAUCCCCCAUCGCACCGCGCAUAA